AUGGGUACUUUUAACCACGGGGCAGCAUCCUUCGCCACUGUCAGACCCUAGUUUAUUUCGAAACUACACUACGUCUUCUGGGCAGCAUCCUUCGCCACUGUCACACCCUAGUUUAUUUCGAAACUACAUUACGUCUUCUUGCAAGGUCGCCGUCUCUUACCAGGAGCUUUCGGAUUGCAAGGAAGGAUGCAGAAACACAGAAAACUACGUAAUUGACGGCCCCAACAUCCAGGUUAACAACUGUCGCGAACGUGUGCAGAUUGGGAGAUGGCUGGCAAAACGGAAUAUGCUUCUACCUGCUAUGCCGAACGAUUUUUUCCGUUUGUCUAAACGUCUUCACUUUGUUGGUCGGGAAUUGCGUGUUGCAACACUUGAGAACUUUCCGUUCUUUAUUCGCGAAAUUGGUCCUGAUGGCCAGUUGGUUGGAAAAGGUGGAAUCGAUUUUAGAAUACUUCAAUCUUUGGCUGAAUUAUACAGUUUUAGAUUUCGUAUUGUGACGCCCAGUGAUAAGUCUUGGGGUGUGAAAGGGCCAAAAGGAGAGUGGUCUGGAAUGCUUGGAAUGGUUCAAAAACAGGAAGCAGAUUUUGCCUUGACCAACAUUGGUAUGACUAACGAACGUCAAGAGAUCGUAGACUUCACUUAUCCUUACAUGAUUGGUUCGAUGAGUUUCGUCACGCACGCACCUCGUGAAAAAUCUCGAGCUUUGGCUAUCGUCAAACCCUUUACUGUACAGCUGUGGAUCGCUAUUUUUACAUCAGUUGUAGCUACUUCGGUGGUUACUGCCUUCUUGGCAAGAAAGUCACUUGGACCUGAAACAAACAACUGGACUGUUGGAGAAGCUCUAUGGUAUUUUUUUGGAGCUCUUACAUUACAAGGUGGCGAAAGACUUCCUGUCAGAAAUUCAAUGAGACUAAUUAUCGCUUGUUACUGGUUGUUCGCUAUCAUCAUUGUGGCAGGAUUUAGUGGGAGUUUGACCUCUUUCAUGAAUGUUCCAGGGAAGGAACUACCAAUAGAUACCAUAUCAGAGUUGGCCCGUCGAGUUCAGAACAAGCAGUUGAAAGUAGGAACCUUACGUGGAACUCUGCCUUACGCAAAUUUUAUGAGUGCUACGGAAGGUUACAUGUACGUAAUUGGUAAAGACAUGAAGGAAGAUGAAGAGACUACAGUGAGUGACCUUAGCAUCGGAGCCUACAGGGUCAUGGAAGAGGAGUAUGCUUUUGUCUUUCCCAAGCUCUUUAUGGAAGGCACACUGGUUAACCACGGGUUUAAAGAUUAUUACUUCGGCAAACAGAACUUUUACAACAUCCUGUUUUCUAUCGUUAUACCUAAGGGAUCACCACUAAAGGAAGCAUUUGAUAAAUUACUGAUACGACUGAGCGAAAUGGGCUUGACUGACAAAUGGAAAAAGGAUAUUAUCAAUCAGCGGAAACUAAAAAAGACAUUUUUGGAGCAAGGCAACUCCACGGCACUGAGCACAGGCAAUGCGGGAGGUCUACGUCCGUUAAGUCUCGAAGAUUUAUUGGGCUCUUUCAUUCUCUUAUCUGUCGGGUGUAUAUUAGCCAUGUUAGUGCUCCUGUUGGAACAAGCUUUGUUUUGGUACAACCUGAAAUUCAAUAAGAAAAAUACUCGAAAGUAACCGACCUGUGAAAUCGAGUUACAAAACAAAGUAAGAAAUACAGGGUGUCCGAAAGUUAUGUGACGUAUUACAUACUUAACCUACGACAAGACAGUAACAGUUACAACUUAGAGUUUACUGUGGAUGAAGGGUACAUUUAUACGGUUUUUUGCCACACGUCAUGUGCCAUCAGUACAACUCUACAUAUACCCCGUUUGUGGCACUCGAGAUAUCGAAUGGAUAUUUGAUUUAUAUUUAUGUGUUCAUGUUCAUGAAGUGUCCCCAAAUUUUUUGUUUGUUUGUUUGUUUUUGAAUUU